GCCGAGCCGCGGCGGGAGUGGGGGCUGCGACUGGGACCCUGGGCUCGCCCGACCCGACAGCGCCCGGGAGCCCAGAUCCAAGCUCCAUCCAGCUCGGACGCUCAUCACACCUCGCCCGAGCUCCCACCACGGACUGCGAAGUCGGCGCGGUGCGGGGCCCCUGCCCGCCCGCUGCGAUCUCGAUCCCCCUGGCCCGCAUCUCCGAGUCGGAGAUCUCCUAUCUCCCUCAAACCCCUACGGGAGUCACCACACCAGGGCCGGCAUAUGGGUGAGGGGGCACCCCCUGGGGCCUGAGCUGCCCCGCACAGGAUGCCCCGCGCCCCCCGCUUCAUGCCCUGGCUGCUGCUGCUGCUGCUCUCACUGCCACACACCCAGGCCGCCUUUCCCCAGGACCCCCUCCCGCUGCUGACCUCUGACCUGCAAGGUACCUCCCCAUUAUCCUGGUUCCGGGGCCUGGAGGAUGACGCCGUGGUUGCAGAACUUGGGCUGGACUUUCAGAGAUUCCUGACCUUGAACCGGACCUUGCUAGUGGCUGCCCGGGACCAUGUUUUCUCCUUCGAUCUUCAAGCUCAAGAAGAAGGAGAGGGGCUGGUCCCCAACAAGUAUCUCACAUGGAGGAGCCAGGACGUGGAGAACUGUGCCGUGCGGGGGAAGCUGACGGACGAGUGCUACAACUACAUUCGCGUUCUGGUCCCCUGGGACUCGCAGACGCUCCUGGCCUGUGGGACGAACUCAUUCAGCCCCGUGUGCCGCAGCUAUGGGAUAUCGUCGCUGCAGCAGGAGGGCGAGGAGCUGAGCGGGCAGGCUCGAUGCCCCUUUGACACCGCGCAGUCCAACGUGGCCGUCUUCGCAGAGGGCAGCCUGUACUCGGCCACAGCUGCGGAUUUCCAGGCCAGCGACGCUGUCGUGUACAGAAGCCUUGGGUCUCAGCCUCCGCUCCGCUCCGCCAAGUACGACUCCAAGUGGCUCCGAGAGCCGCACUUCAUCCAUGCCUUCGAGCAUGGCGACCAUGUCUACUUCUUCUUCCGAGAGGUCUCUGUGGAGGAUGCUCGGCUGGGGAGGGUGCAGUUCUCCCGUGUGGCCCGCGUGUGUAAGCGUGACAUGGGCGGCUCACCUCGGGCCUUGGACCGCCACUGGACAUCCUUCCUGAAGCUGCGGCUCAACUGCUCUGUCCCUGGGGACUCUGCCUUCUAUUUUGACGUCUUACAGGCCUUGACUGGGCCCGUGGACUUGUUUGGCCGCUCUGCCCUCUUUGGGGUCUUCACCACCCAGACCAAUAGCAUUCCUGGCUCUGCGGUCUGCGCCUUCUACCUGGAUGAUAUUGAGCGUGGGUUUGAGGGCAAGUUCAAGGAGCAGAGGAGUCUGGAUGGGCCGUGGACCCCUGUGUCUGAGGACAGGGUCCCCUCCCCCAGGCCAGGAUCCUGUGCCGGAGUGGGUGUAGCUGCCUUGUUCCCCUCUUCCCGAGAUCUCCCUGACGAUGUCCUGACCUUCAUCAAGGCUCACCCACUGCUGGACCCCGCUGUGCCACCGGCCACCCGCCAGCCUCUGCUCACCCUCACCAGCAGGGCCCUACUGACCCAGGUAGCCGUGGAUGGUGCGGCUGGUCCCUAUGGCAACACAACAGUUCUGUUCCUCGGCUCCAACGAUGGGACAGUGCUGAAGGUGCUGCCCCCAGGGGGGCAGCCUGGGGGCCGCGAGCCCAUCCUAUUGGAAGAGAUUGAUGCCUACAGCCCCUCCCGGUGCAGUGGGAAGCGGGCAGCCCACACGGCACGGCGGGUCAUAGGGCUGGAGCUGGACACUGAGGGUCACAGGCUCUUCGUGGCUUUUUCUGGCUGCAUCAUCUACCUCCCUCUCAGUCGGUGUGCCCGGCACGGGGCCUGCCGGAGGAGCUGUCUGGCUUCUCGGGACCCGUACUGCGGAUGGCAUAGCUCCAGAGGCUGUGUGGAUAUUAGGGGACCUGGUGGGACUGAUGUGGAUCCAGCUGGGAACCAGGAAUCCAUGGAGCACGGUGACUGCCAAGACGGAGCCACCGGGAGUCAGUCCGGCGCAGGGAAUUCUGCUUAUGGACGUCUCCCUGUUGCUAAGGAGCAUGUGACCGUACUGAGGUUUAUCUCCGAUUGGCAAGAUGGAAACAUUUUCGAUGACACCCUGAAAUGGAAGUAUCAGAGACUCCCAAGGCUGAUGAGCACUGUGACUCUCUGGCAGGGGAUACAGUAUGCUGAGUUUCCCCAACAUAUUUGAUCUUCGAACUCUUUUUCAGGAAGCAUCUUAAGAGUCUAAAUAAAUCUACGGAGCUUAGAGAAAUAGCAAUAAAUCAGACUAAAUCUAUUUCUCUAAGGAAAUCGAGGCAUUUAAUACUGAAUUAACAAAACAAUAUGUUAAGUAGUCAAAGCCUGAGGAAGUCUUGAUAGACAAAAAUGGUAGGUGGCUUCUCUCACCUGACAGAUCAACAAUAUUAAUAACAAGUAACACUGACUACUUACUUUGUGCCAGCUACCUCUCUAAGAGAUUUAUAUAUGUAUUAGGUUGAGUCAAGAUUUUCAGUUUGGUUAGUCAAUAUCCCCAGUAACCAGCAGGAGAUACGGUUCCUACCACUAUAAACUCCUCUUUCUGAAGAGUCACAAGCAGAACUCCGCAAUAGUGGGGUGGGGACUGUCCACAUGACACACGUUCACGUGGUUCAAUGGAAGCGGAGCAUUCACACUCAGAAACAAGGAACUGGUUAAGUGUCACAGCUGAAAGGACCUCGACAGAUAAUUUACUCUAACCAAUAUGCCAGAAACGUGGAAACCGAGACCUGAAGAACCGAUUUAUCCAAGAUCAAAGAGCAAAUCAAAAGAAUAACAAGCACGAGUUGGACAUACUGCUCCCCUCUGCCACGCCGCUCACCCUCCACGUCUGAGCAGAGAUCUUUAUGACUGCACCCAGUCAGAAAAACGGGCUUGGAGGGAUGUUCUCACCACCCAAAUGUCAAUGGUAGAAAGAAAUCAGAACCUGCCUUUAUUUAUGAUGGAGACUGCCAGAGAGUUCCAGAAAGAUUGCUAGAUGACUCUUUAGCCCUACGUACAACUACUAGGCUCCACUUGAAUGAAGCCCUGAGCCUUUUCUCCGUAGAUAGCUAUCUCUGGCUAAGUGACCUCGAACCUUUCCGUUUUAAGUGUCAGAAGGGUACUCACUAUUCACCAUAUACCCGCUCACUUCCAUUGGAAAUGCCAAAAUAACUUUUACUUCCAGUAAAAACAAACCAAGCAAACCUGAAGUCCACAGGGUAUGACAAUGGGAGAGGUGGCUGUCCCAUGUAUUUGAUGCUUUAUUGCAAGACAUCCAAGCGGCUACUCUGAAUCAUUCUACAAUAGCAUCAGUCAAAACACAACACAGAGUAUUUCCAAAAAAUCUGCUAAUUAAGACUAAAUAUUUCAAUCUGAAGCAACUGAAGUCAGGGCAGACAAACUUGAAACUGCGAAAAUACAAAGGAGUAACUUAGUCAUCCUCUGGUAUUAUUCAGCUGUCUGAUUAUAUGACGUAGUGAUUUUUCUUUCUGAUGCUCAAGGACACUGCAUCCCUUCUUCCUAGUCAUCUUUAAUUAACCGUAAUUCUUUAAUAUUUCGUGCAAAUUCAAUCUGCUGGAGAUUUAACAACAAGAGGAGAAACAGUGAUUGGCCCAGCAGA